CCGCCACGUUGUUUGAGAACUUUCCACCAAGACUCGGGUGUCUCUGGAGCACCUCCAAAAAUGGCCCAAAACCACACUGCACACCUCCGUCUCCACCAAAGCAUCGCCGCCAUCUCAACCACAUGAACAUGGCCAGGAGCAACCUCCUCUGCUGCCUCGGCACGCGGCGUGAAGAUAAUGCUCGGCAACGCCAGACGCGGCCCACGCCUCGGCCUCGCCUACGCCGGUUGAUGAGCGGGAUGAAGCGUGUCUUCGGUCGGUCUCCUCCGUGCGGCCAGACGGCCGUGGCACCCGACUCCGGCAUCGUCGUCGUCGAACCAAGGCGUCAGACGGCUGCGCGUCGUGUGGGGAAAGGAGCGCGCGACGGAGGUGUCAACAACCGUGAGGAGAUCUCAAGAGAGGAGGCCGCGGCGGCCACCAUCCAGGCCGGCUUCCGCGGUCACCUGGCGAGGCGGGCGUUUCGCGCGCUGAGGAGCCUGGUGAAGCUGCAGGCGCUCGCGCGGGGCUCGUACGUGCGGAAGCAGGCGGGCGUCGCCAUCCGGUUCAUGAAGGUGCUCGUGCGGCUUCAGGUACGCGUCCGCGCCCGGCAACUUCUCCACAGGUCCAAGGAUCAGUAGGUGGAAUUUAAUAGCGUCGAGCCUUCCAUGUCUAGAGAUUUAUUUAUUUUGUUUGAACUUUGAACGAACUUGUCUAGAGUUCAAUGGUAACACCUGUUCUGGACCUUCUGGUCUCUGUUUUCUUGUGUCGAACGACAGAACGCUCAUUUUUUGUUUCCCCGAAACAAUAUUAAUAAAAAAGUUUCAUUUUUGUCA